AUGUGGAAGACAAUCAUCGUACAGUCGAUCUACCAGACAGCCGUUACGUUGGUGCUGUGUUUCGCUGGAAAUCACAUAUGUUCCUACAGAUCCGAGGAGAUCAGCACCCUUGUUUUCAACACGUACGUCUGGAUGCAGAUAUUCAACAUGUAUAACUGCCGGCAGUACGAUGACACGUUUAACGUUUUUGAUGGUGUCUUCAGAAACUGGCUGUUCAUGUCGGUCAGCUCGACUAUGAUUGGGCUUCAGAUCAUGAUCAUCUUCGUCGGAGGCCAGGUAUUCCACGUCGUCCCAUUGACAGGCCGUCAAUGGGCUAUUUCUCUCGUUGGGGCGCUCACUCGAUGCAUCCCGAACUGGCUGUUCUCACAAGCCCACCUGUAA